ACGAGCGAACAGUGAGUGGUUUUUGUGGACACACUUCAUGUAACUGGAAAUAGGAAUGUCACAUUCAUUUUCAUCUAUUUUUCAAAGAUUCAGACUCCAAGCAGUUUGAAUCUUCGUGCAAAUGCGAGUGGUUUAACUUCUGCACACAGGCCUAGCCAUGGCAAGUGAGGCCAGGGAUCCUUUACUGCUGGAAGAGCCUAUGCUCAUUCUGGAGAAUGGUGAGGUGUACAGGAACCCAACUGAAAUUAAGAUGAGUCAGAUAGUCCUGCCUUGCCAUGCCAACCACUGUGGAGAACUCAGCGUCGGGCAACUGCUCAAGUGGAUGGACUCCACCGCCUGCCUCGCUGCUGAGAGACAUACUGGUUGCUCCUGUAUCACUGCAUCAGUGGAUGACAUUCACUUUGAAACCACCAUAGGGGUCGGACAGGUUGUCAAUAUUAAAGCCAAAGUCAACAGAGCGUUCACGUCCAGCAUGGAGGUUGGGAUUUUGGUGAGCUGUGAAGAUCUCUUCAGUGACAGACAGUGGAAGGUGUGCCAUGCCUUUGCCACCUUUGUGGCCCGUCGUACCGAAGCAGGAAAGAAUUCUGAUCCCACAGGAUUUCUACAGAUACAUCUGAAGCAGGUGAUUCCACGUACGCAGGCCGAGCAGAUGGAGUACAGCCUCGCAGCCGAGCGCAGGAGGAUGAGACUAAUCCAUGCAGAGAUAAUUAACGAUCUCCUCAACAGCUGCUCUUCACAGACAGAAAGCGAGUGUCUGGAUUACCAGGAUGCAGUGUCUGCUGAGCGGACUCGGGUUGAAAGUGUCGAGCUGGUGCUUCCACCUCAUGCCAAUCACCAGGUCAGCACAUUUGGUGGGCAAAUCAUGGCCUGGAUGGAGAAUGUAGCCACCAUCGCUGCCAGUCGUUUAUGUAAUGCUCACCCAACUUUAAGGACUAUAGACAUGUUCCACUUUCGUGGGCCCUCCCACAUUGGAGACAGACUGGUGUUGAAGGCCAUCGUAAACAAUGCCUUUAAGAAAAGUAUGGAGGUGGGAGUGUGCGCUGAGGCCUAUCAGGGUGGAGAGCCACUGCGACACAUCAACACUGCCUUCAUGACCUUUGAGGUACUGGACAAUGACAGGAAGCCACGCUCGUUGCCAAGGAUACGACCUGAGCCUGUGGAUGGUAAGAGGCGCUACCAAGAAGCCAUAGCCAGAAAGAAAAUUCGCCUUGACAGGAAGUACAUCAUCUCCUGCAAGCAAAGUGAGGUUCCUCUCUCUGUUCCCUGGGACCCAAGUAACCAGGUGUACCUCAGUUACAAUAAUGUUUCAGCACUGAAGAUAUUGGCUGCCCGGACUAACUGGGCCUUAACCUCAGAGAAAAACAAGGUCCGUUUAUACACACUGGAGGAGAACCAGAUGUUGUGCUUUAAGGUGGAGACCCAUGUGGCCAUGGCAGCAGAGCACGUGUUUCUGUUACUGUCUGAUCUGAAACGGAGGAAGGAAUGGGACCACCACUACCAAGAGUGUGAAGUGAUAGCAGAGGCACAUGAAGAUGACACCAUCUACCGAGUUGUCACUCCCUCUGUGACUAAAGGGGGCAAUGUCCAGGACUUCAUUCUCCUGGCAUCCAAGAGGCACCCUUGUGAUUCUGGUGACCCCUAUUUGAUUGCCCUGCGUUCUGUUACCCUUCCCACAUACCCUCCCACCGAAGACUAUAACAGAGGAGAGGUUCUAUGUGCUGGGUUUAGUAUCUGGGAAGAGGAAAGCUCUUUUACCAAGAUUUCUUACUACAACCAGGCGACUCCUGGCGUGCUGCCCUAUAUAUCAACUGACAUCGCUGGGCUUUCAUCCAGCUUCUACCGCACCUUUGCCUCCUGUAGCACUUUCCUUGAGGAGAAUAAAGCAAGCCUGGCUUCCCUGCCCACCUCUGCCCUGGGAGAGAACUCUGGAACAGCCCUGGCUAUUGAGUUGUGCUGUCUGGUGAAUUUGAAAACCAUCUCUUGCUCCUGGAUCCUCUGCCUCUUUUUUUCAACAAACUGGGCAUGUUUCUGACGUGCCUGCUGGAUGUCCUGGUCCUGCUUGGCUCUCCGUAGACUGAGAGUUUUCUCCAUAUCUGCCUGUUCACGUUCCUGACGCAGACAAGCUUCUUUCCUUAUAGCCUCCAUGAAGUCAUAUCGAUGGCCCUUGGCAACC